CGGGCGGCGACGGGGCCCGGCGGUCCAUGCAUCCGCCGCCGGCCGCCGCGAUGGAUUUCAGUCAGAACAGCCUGUUCGGCUACAUGGAGGACCUGCAGGAGCUCACCAUCAUCGAGAGGCCGGUCCGCCGGAGCCUCAAGACACCAGAAGAAAUAGAAAAACUGACAGUUGACGAAGACCUCAGUGACAUCGAAAGGGCUGUCUAUCUGCUCAGUGCUGGUCAAGAUAUCCAAGGAACAAGUGUGAUUGCAAAUCUUCCGUUUUUGAUGCGACAGAAUCCUGCUGAGACGCUUCGGAGAGUCUUGCCAAAAGUCAGAGAAGUGCUCCAUGUUGCGGGAGUGGAAAUGCAGUUAGCGGCUGCAGUGUCAUUUCUGACCAUCCUGCAGGAAGAAUCAGUGUCAGUUCAUGCGUACGCCCACUCUUUCCUGCAAGUCAUCCUGCUGCAUCUGGAGCACAGGGACACAGGUGUCAGCAAUGCGUGGCUGGAAACCCUUCUGUCUAUGAUAGAAGUAUUGCCAAAAGAAACCCUCAGGCACGAGAUUUUGAAUCCACUGGUUUCCAAGGCACAACUUUCUCAAACAGUCCAGUCUCGUUUAGUUAGUUGCAAAAUUUUAGGAAAAUUGACCAACAAAUUUGAUGCCCACACCAUUAAAAGAGAAAUCCUUCCCCUGGUAAAAUCACUCUGUCAAGAUGUAGAAUAUGAAGUUCGAUCUUGUAUGUGUCGACAGUUAGAAAAUAUAGCUCAGGGCAUUGGGACAGAACUGACAAAAAGUGUAGUGCUCCCUGAAUUAAUAGAACUCUCUAGGGACGAAGGCAGCAGCGUGCGACUUGCAGCUUUUGAAACUUUGGUUAAUCUGCUUGACGUAUUUGACACAGAUGACAGAAGUCAAACUAUACUUCCCUUAGUGAAAUCAUUUUGUGAAAAAUCUUUCAAAGCAGAUGAAUCAAUUCUUAUUUCUUUAUCUUUCCAUUUAGGAAAACUAUGCCACGGACUAUAUGGAAUUUUUACUCCCGAUCAACAUUUGCGAUUUUUGGAGUUUUAUAAGAAACUUUGUACAUUGGGUUUGCAACAAGAAAAUGGGCACAAUGAAAGCCAGGUUCCUAGUCAAGUCCUAGAGCAAGAGAAGAAAUAUGUAACAGUCCGCAAGAACUGUGCUUACAACUUCCCGGCCAUGAUUGUUUUUGUUGAUCCUAAAAACUUCCACAUGGAACUCUAUUCUACAUUCUUCUGCCUUUGUCAUGACCCUGAAGUCCCAGUCAGAUACACUAUUGCUAUUUGCUUUUAUGAAGUAUCUAAACUUCUGAAUUCUGGAGUCUAUUUAAUACAUAAAGAACUAAUAACAUUAUUACAAGAUGAAUCACUGGAGGUGCUAGGUGCUCUGAUAGAGCAUCUCCCAGAAACCCUGGAGCUUAUGUCUGCUGGUGGAGAAAGCAGUGUUCAAGAAAAUAAGUUAUCCUCGCUGCCUGACUUGAUUCCGGCACUCACAGCUGCUGAACAGCGAGCGGCAGCCUCUUUAAAGUGGAGAACUCAUGAGAAGCUGCUGCAGAAAUACGCCUGUCUGCCACACGUCAUAUCGAGUGAUCAGAUCUAUUAUCGCUUCUUGCAGAGAAUGUUCACAAUCAUGAUGACCAAUAAUGUCUUACCUGUUCAAAAGGCAGCUUCACGAACUCUCUGCAUUUUUCUACGUUACAACCGUAAACAAGAACAGAGACAAGAGGUCAUUCAAAAAUUAAUUGAACAACUAGGUCAAGGAAAAAGUUACUGGAAUAGACUUCGAUUUUUGGAUACCUGUGAAUUUAUCAUAGAGAUCUUUUCCAAAUCAUUUUUCUGUAAAUAUUUCUUUCUACCUGCUAUUGAACUGACACACGAUCCAGUAGCAAAUGUGAGAAUGAAACUCUGCUACCUAUUGCCCAAAGUGAAAUCUACUCUGAAGAUUCCUGCAGAUAAGCACCUGCUUCAGCAGUUAGAAAUGUGUGUGAGGAAACUCCUGUGUCAAGAAAAAGACAAAGAUGUUCUGGCUAUUGUGAAAAGAACUGUCUUGGAGUUGGACAGGAUGGAAAUGUCCAUGGACGCCUUUCAGAAAAAGUUUUAUGAGAAAGAUUUGUUGGAUCAAGAGAAAGAAAGAGAAGAGCUGCUUCUUUUGGAAAUGGAACAAUUAGAAAAGGAGAAGCAACAGAGCGAUGGACGGCCCGUGAGUGAUAAGAUCUUUGAAAAGAAACGUAGAGACACUAAAACACCGACACAAAAUCUGCCCAAGAGCAUCCCCGUUUCUGCUCCUGCACCUGCGUCUAGCAACCCAUCGACAAGCAAAGAAAUCAAGAAAUCCAAAUUGAUUCGAAGCCAGUCUUUUAACAAUCACGCUUUUCAGGCGAAAUAUGGCAACCUAGACAAGUGUGCUAGUAAAAGUUCCCCAGCAGGAUACACACCCUCUGCCUCAGGACUAGCAAAGACUCCCGUGCUUUCCUUAACUGAUGAUUCAUUCCGGACUCGCAGUGCCGGGAGUGUCCCGACGUCCUUUUCCCCUGCGGCUCCCCUGCCGAGUGCCUCCCGCGGGACAGGGAGCCCAGGGGACCCGAAGAGCAGCGGCAGCAAAGACGCACAGCCGCGGAAGGCCUCCCUAAAAUCUCGAAAAUCCAAUCCUUAAGCCCACUGCCCGACGAAGGAGGCGGGGCAGGGCUGGAGACGCAGCGGCGGGCAGCAGCUACAGCGGCGGCCGGGCUUUCUGUUUUUUACUUUCUUUCUUUUUCUUUUUUUUUAAUGAAUGGAGAAAGCGACAUAAUGGCAGCUGAUGUUAAACCUUCCAUAUUUGGAAUUAGAUUCCUAGGAGGUACAGUAUACGUUUCUUGAAUAAUGUGGUUCCAGAAUUCCAGUGUUCAGUGAAGAGCAAGCUGAGGUAUGUGCCAUGCGCUGCGAGAGAGACAAGCCUGCCUCAGGCUGUGCAGGACGCCGGCGACGCGCCUGCCCUGUUGUGUCUGCAUCCUAGAAGUUGUGGGGAAGUCCGAAUCGGCUGACUUAGCCCUGCAGGGGGACUCGGCGGGGUUGGAGGGAGGCUGUGCUCUCCUGGGGGACUCUCCAUCCCACUGGGAAGUCCUGCCGAGAGGGGAGCGAGCAGUGUCGGGGGUGUAUUGGUCCUGUGAUUGUCGUGCUGACGUGUUGUACCCGGGCUUUCCCAAGUUCGAAUUUGAUGGUGAAGAUUCUACCAGGAUUUCUGAAAGCUCUGAGCUAUAAAUACCUGAAAAAUAAUAGAUGGGUGAUUUUCCUUAUUUCCUAGAAGAAUUUAUUUUAUAAAUAAUUUGUUUACAUUUUAGGUUGUAUUUGUCCUCACUUAAUUUAAAAUGAUGAAUCUAGUUUGAAUCAGCUGUUAUUCCAAGCUAUCAUGCUUAAGCUAUGUCAACAGCACUUAUUUGUACUAAUGCUAAUAUUUCCAUCAAAAUUUGCCUGUGGAACAUGUACGGUUCUUAAUUUUAAAAUGUCAG